AUGGAUUCGACAAAUAUUGGAUCAUGGAAAAAAUUAAAAAUUCUCGGUAGUGGUGGUUUUGGACAAGUCACACUUUGGUGUAAUUCCAUCACUGCCAUUAAAAAACUUCAUGAUCAAUCGUUGAAAGAUCCCACAUUGAAAUACAAAUGCACAGAAAGAUGGUGUAAGGAAGUGGAAAUAAUGAAACAAUUGAAUCACAUGAACAUUGUGUCAACUCUUGAUUUACCAAAUGAUUUCAAUAAUUCAACAUCAUCAUCAUCAUCACCAUCAUUGCCCCUAUUGGCCAUGGAAUAUUGUUCGAAUGGUGAUUUGAGAGGGAUGUUGAACAAACCAGAAAAUUGUAAUGGAUUGAAAGAGCAAGAAAUACUCGAUAUAUUAAAAGAUGUUUCAAACGGAUUAUCGUACCUACAUACCUGUAAAAUAAUUCACAGAGAUUUAAAACCUGACAACAUUGUUUCGAUGGAAACGGAGUCACGAAUCGUUUACAAACUCAUCGAUUUAGGAUAUGCGAAAGCGUUCGAUCAAAGCAGUUUAUCACAAUCGUUUGUCGGAACGAUACAAUACAUAGCACCGGAAUUGUUUUUGGGAAAAGCAUAUACUUCUUCUGUAGAUUAUUGGUCGUUCGGUUUGCUCGCACACGAAAUAAUAACCGGGUACCGGCCGUUUUUACCAGGUUUUUACCCGUCGGAUUGGAUGAGACAAAUACAAAACAAACCGAGAAAUGUUAUUUGCGUUUUGGAAAACGCCAACGGAGAUAUUAAAUUCAAUACGAAGAUAUCGGAAAAAAAUCAUUUAUCGAGAUGUUAUUUGAAAGACAUUGAAAAAUGGUUGAGAUUGGCAUUGGAUUGGGAUGGACAAACUCGUGGUCGUCGUCAAGAUGAUUCGGACCAUCGUAAUCGACCCGUCAUAUUCGAAGAAUUGAAAAAUAUAUUGAAUAAAAAAUUGGUUAAAAUAUUUUCCGUAUCGAAUCACGAGAUUUUAUCGUACGAGAUCACUUCCGAAACGGAUGUGCAAGAUUUGAAACGUUGGCUGAAAGAGGAAACGGAUGUGAACGCGUCCGAUCAACUUUUACUUUUACCAAAUGGAAAAUGUUUAAACGAAAAAGGAAAUGUUUUGAACAAAAUUGAAAAAAAUGCAAUUACUUUUUAUCUUUAUAAUUUCGAGUCGAUUAACUUUAAUAAUAAUGAUAAUAAUAAUGCGACUGCGACGAAGAGGAAUGUUCCAGAAUACGUUAAAGAAAUAAUAGAAGAUGGCGAAAGAGAUUUGAGGUAUAGACAAUUGAAACGUCGAUGUGCGGAUUCGGUUUAUUUUUUACAAACGGAAGCCAUGUUAUACAGAUACCUAUGGAAGAGCAUAAACGUUAAAAUUAGUCACACGAAGCAGAAAACGUUGGCUAUAGAAUCAUUGUACGAGGAUGUGGGAGAUGAAUGGAAUCAAAUAGAAAGCUACUAUCAAUUUUUAUCACUCAGUCACAAAGUCGAUUUGGAAAAUUAUAUACAUUAUAGGAAAAACGGAAAAUUAAAAGCGAAUCCCCAAGUGCAAAAAUGGAUACAAAACGUCGUGGAAAUAGAUAAGAAAAUAACCGAGUUGAAAAAUUCUUUUAAUAAAAACGAACAGAAACGUUUGGUGACGAUGGCGAGGCAAAGAUGUCGUAAUUUAGACGUUCGUUGUACGAAUUCGGAUAAUUUUAGAAAGAAAACACCGUUGGAUGAUUUAGUCUACGAGGGGCAGAAAAUUUGGGAAAGCAUACACACGCUCCCGAAGGAAUCGCGAAACGAAUUCAAAAAUAAUAAAUCCGCCGUCUGUCUCGUGGAAAAAUCGUUAGAAGAAACGAAUAAAUUGUUGGGGAGUCAAAUGAUUGGAUCGCUUUUCAAGAAAAUAUACGAAGCGGAUGAAAAUUUGACGAAAUAUUUGACUCAUUUAACGACUCUUUUACAAAGUGCGUCCAUAUUAAAAUUGGUGAUGGAAAAUACUCAGAGGGAAAGGCAAAAAAAUGUUUGGGAUAUGAUUGCCACGUCGAAAAUUGGGAACGAUGACGACGGUGACGAAAUGAUGACGUCGGAAAAAAAGGAUGCGUCCGAGAAAAAGGAAUCUGGAGAAAGAAGUAAUUCAAGAAGUCCAACAAAUUUGCAAUAG